AUGGAGCUUAUGAGUGAUGAUGAUACUAGUGGAAAAAAUAAGGGUUCUGGUGAUUGGGCAAGUGAAUGGAACAAUGAGAUAUCUGCUUCAGUUGAUAAGUGGUAUGAUGAUAGAAUAAGAAUCGUUGGCAUAGAAGUAGAAGGUGAGGACGAAGAUCACCAACAAGAUGCUUCUACCACAUUAUCUGGAAACUUUGCAAUUGGUGAUGUAUCAUUAUCAAACCUACAAACAAAUUCAGGUCAAUCUGAUGACAUAAACCCGGUUAGCUCGAGACAAGCUCUUGCACCAAAUGCAAGAUACUUAAUAAUCACGGUUGAUGAAGAAGAAACAAUGCAUUCAGAUAAUGAAAGAGAAGUUGAUUCUGAUGGGUUGAGUAUCUUGGAAUCUGAUGGUCCAGGAACUAUUUCAAGUCAAUUGGUGACAAUAUUGAAAAGAAUAAUUACUGAUGAUUAG